AUGUCCGGCGAAGCUCCCUACGACCCCUAUAUUCCUGCCGGCUCCAGUGGCCCCGGAGCUGCCUCCGCGCAACAACAUGGCAACCAGCGCACGGCCGCUUUGCAGGCGCAAAUCGAUGACACUGUUGGUGUGAUGCGUGAAAAUAUCAACAAGGUCUCUCAGCGUGGAGAGCGUCUCGACUCCCUGCAGGAUAAGACCGACAACUUGGCUGUGUCCGCUCAGGGCUUCCGCCGGGGUGCCAAUCGGGUGCGCAAAAAUAUGUGGUGGAAGGACAUGAAGAUGCGCGUAUGUCUCGUGGUCUGCGUGAUCGUCCUGCUUCUCGUUAUCAUUGUGCCUGUUGCUAUGCACUUCAAACAUUAG